AACUUUGGAUGAUCGGAUUAGAGUGGGUCGUUUUGCACAUGACUCUUUUUAUUUGCCAUAAACAAGUAUCAUUGACUUAUAUUAUCAUUAUUAUCAUCAGAGCUUUUGUUAUCUAUUGUUGAUGAGACCCUUAUUUAACUUACUUUUAAUUAUGUUCGAGCAAGGUGAACGUAUACGGGGCCCCUUACGUAGUGAAAUAGUGGUACACAACUGAAGUUAACCUAAAGGGAGUGGCUGCUCAUAUCCAACACUCAAGUUUCGGGUAAACGAACCCUGUAUAUAAAGUAAAAAUGUCUCAGCAUUGAUAUGGAUAACAGCUGGACGUAUAUAAAAUAGGGCUUGAAAACCUUUGGUUGCUGCCUCACAGCAAGGUCUCGUUUAUUGGUGACUCCUUGGUCAUUGACUUUCUGGACAACAGUUAGCUCAAUGUUAUUCACUUCAUAUAUAUCUACACUUUGGUAACUAGUAUACAUCAUAAUGCAAUUAAGAGCAUUUAUGGCAACUGCCGAAGUCUAGAUCAUUCAGAUAAGUUGUCCAGAUCACUAAAGUUCUAAACUAUCACCUUUGUUUUUUUAUCACUCUCCAUAUCCUGACAUUGUGAGUAUAUAACGAGAAUGAUGACAAUAGAGAAAUAGAAUGACCAUCGACAUACAGGAGGAAAAACACUGGUCCCAAAACUGUACGCUGAGGCACUCCGCUAAGCACAGUUUCUCAGCUAGUCAACUUUGAGUUCACUCGUACUCCAUGUUUACGCACAAGUUUGGAAGCUUAAGCUGACGAAUCGUUAUUGAUAACGAUAUGGGAGUUGAAGACCAGAGAUGCACGGUCACUUUUAACAAUGGGUGGCAUGACGACUAUCGCUAUAAUUAUCGAGGAUCAAGGAACUCAAGGCGCUAUCAACCAAAUUAUGACGACUUCUACGCACGUCCACCUUCUGUAUAUCAACCUGUAGAACCCUAUUAUCCUAGGCCUCGUGAAUCCUACUAUGUUCGUCCGCCUUCAGUUUAUCAGCCUACAGAAACACUUUAUCCUGGGCCCAUGCCAAAUAGUUAUCAGCGUCAUAGUUAUGCUCAACCUGUUUCUUAUCAGCCUGUUUAUCCAUCAUAUCGCGAAGAUGUGUACGCUCCAAGCACCUAUUCGUCGUAUCCACGUCGUCGUUCAAUGUCUAACAAUCCUCUGAUAGAUCCUGACCUCCGCACGAUUUCCAAUAAUGGCAAUACACUUUCAUAUUCUCCGCGUACAUACCCAAGGGUUCAGAUUUACCAUACAAGGAAUACAAACGAUGGGUACUAUUAAUAAAGAAGAUACACAUCUUCUGGUUUCUGUUUAAACCAUGUUGAGUUUUGUUUUUAAUGAUUUGAAGAAUUAAGAAAUAUAUCACGAGAUGCUUUGAUUAUACUCUGAAUAUAAACAUUUUUUUGAAUAAUGUAUAAUUAAAAAUGAGCUUAUAAAGCAAGAAUUUUAAAAUUUCUUUAUAUUUAAAUACAUUUUUUUGACAUCUUUUCUUUUUUCUUUUCUUUUUGAAUUUGUUAUAUAAUCAUAUGAAGAUGAAUACAUG